UUGUUCCCGGCCCGGCGGGCGGGAGGAGGAGCAGGGCCAAGGGCCAGCAUGCGGUAGGCGCCCGUGCCGCCGAGGCAGGCAGGAAGGCGAGGCAGGAAAGGCAGGCGUCGGGAAGCGUGCCGUCGGCUGGAGCCGCCUGUCAUGUUGGUCAAGCUCUUCUUCCAGGCUGCCUGUGUGUCCCUGUUCUUCCCGGGCGGCCAAGGCAGGGUGUACCCCGGGAGGAAGAAGCCGGUCAGCUUUGCCGUGGAGAGGCGCCGCGUCGGGCCCCACGUCUGCUUCUCGGGCUUCGGCAGCGGAUGUUGUCCCGGGUGGAUGCUCUCUCCGGGCAGCGGGCAGUGCACCCUGCCGCUCUGCUCCUUCGGCUGCGGCAGCGGCUUGUGCAUCGCUCCCAACCUCUGCUCGUGCCCCGAUGGAGAGCAGGGCAUCACCUGCCCAGAGCCACCGGGGACGUGCGGGGAGUACGGCUGCGACCUCUCCUGUAACCACGGCGGGUGCCAGGAGGUGGCCCGCGUCUGCCCCCUCGGCUUCUCCAUGGUGGAGACGGCCAACGGCGUCCGCUGCACCGACAUCGACGAGUGCCUGAGCGCUGCCUGCGAGGGUCUCUGCGUCAACACCGAGGGCGGCUUCGUCUGCGAAUGCGGCCCCGGCAUGCAGCUCUCCGCCGACCGCCACAGCUGCCAGGACACAGACGAGUGCCUGGCCACGCCGUGCCAGCACCGCUGCAAGAACAGCAUCGGCAGCUACCGCUGCUCCUGCCGGCCCGGCUACCACCUCCACGGGAACCGGCACUCCUGCGUGGAUGUCAACGAAUGCCGGCGGCCGGGAGAGCGCCGAGCCUGCCAGCACGCUUGCCACAACACGCCGGGCAGCUACCUCUGCUCCUGCCGCCCCGGGUACCGGCUCAGCGGCGACAGGGUCUCCUGCGAAGGCUACCCCAAAUCCAUCCUGGCCCCAUCGCCCAUCCUGCAGUCCCUGCAGCAUCCGCCCACCCUCGUCCUGCUCCCUCCCGGUUCUGGGGGACCCCUCCUGGCCCCCAGGGGCUCCCCCUCACCCUACCUCCCUGCCGCAGCACCUGGUACCCAACUCCCUUCCUCCUCUCCCGCCCCGGCAUCCCCGGCCACCGAGCCAUCCCCGCGUGCCGUGGCAGCCCCCGGUACCUCCACCCCAUCCGCCCCUCGCUGUUGGUACCGGGGGGCCCCCCGGGAGCCCGGCGUUCGCUGGAUAGAGCCGGGGUGCCGGAGCUGCGCUUGCCAGGGAGGGCGAGUGCUCUGCGAGGCCGUGAGCUGCCCCGUGACCUGCUCCCACCCGCUGCCCACCCCGGCCGGGGGCUGCUGCCCCAGCUGCUCAGGCUGCCUGCACGAUGGGGUGGCCCGGGCCGAGGGUGACGUCUUCUCCCCAUCCGAUGGGAACUGCACCAUCUGCGUCUGCCUGGCUGGUAACGUCUCCUGCAUCUCCCCCGAGUGCCCCCCGGGUUCCUGCCCCAGCGCCUCGCCGGCCGACUGCUGCUCCUGCCAGCCAGCAAAGUGCAGUUUUCGGGGUCGCACGUACUCACACGGCGCCCGGUUCAGCCUGGACGGGGACGACUGCACCACCUGCGUCUGUCGGGGCGGCGAGGUGGAGUGCUCCUUUGCCCCCUGCCCCGUGCUGGACUGCCCGCAGCACCAGCGGCACCUGGGCCCCGGGCAGUGCUGCUUCACCUGCCGGGACCCCCCGGCCCCCGCCGGUUGCUUCGUGGAUGACAACGGGGUGGAGUUUCCCAUCGGACAGAUCUGGUCUCCGGGCGAUCCCUGUGAGUUAUGCAUCUGCCAGGCAGACGGCUCGGUGAGCUGCAAGCGGACGGACUGCGUGGAGACCUGUCCUUACCCCAUCCGCAUCCCCGGGCAGUGCUGCCCCGACUGCUCCGCAGGCUGCACCUACAUGGGAAGGAUCUUCUACAACAACGAGACCUUCCCCUCCGUCCUGGAUCCCUGUCUCAGCUGCAUCUGCCUGCUGGGCUCGGUGGCCUGCUCGCCCGUGGACUGUGCCAUCGUCUGCACCUACCCCUUCCAUCCGGAGGGCGAGUGUUGCCCCGUCUGUAACGACUGCAACUACCAGGGUAGGAAGGUGGUGAACGGCCAGACCUUCACCCCCGAGGGACAACCCUGCACCCGCUGUACCUGCCAGCUCGGGGAGGUGAGCUGCGAGAAGAGGUUGUGUCCCCGCUCCUGCGCGGAGCCCGCCGUGAUGCCCGCUGCCUGUUGCCCACCCUGCCAAGCCACAGAUGUCCGGCUCCCGCUGCAGCGCAGCCACCCAUCCCCGUCCCUGUCCCCAACCCUCAAGGACUCACCCGCUGGCACCCCGCACCCCAGCCCCCCCACAUCAACCCAGCCCCCCCGCCACCGCCUGGCCCAGCUCCUGCUCCCCAGCACGGCCCCCCUCGGCCCCUCUCCGGGGAACGCGGGAGCUGGGGACCCCCCUCCGACCACGCUGAGCCCCCCCGGGCACCCACCGACAGCUGCUGUGCCCCCCGACACCCCCUCUGAGGCCGCAGCCCCCCCAGCUCCUACAGGCAGCCCCAGCUCUAGCCCCGAGGGUCAGGGACCCCCCAGGGACGCAGACCCCUCUGCCGUGCCACCAGCCAGCGGGUAGAGCCCCAGCGGGCUCGUGGCUCCCAGGAUGAAGAGGAGGAGGAGGUGGAUGAAGAAGGAGAGGAGGAGGGGGUCUGCAGGACCAGCAGGUCUGGCCCGUCAGGCCCCCGGGGUGGUGGGUGGCUGGGGAGGGGGUGCUAAGCAGACAGGGUGGGCAACAGCAUCCUCUCUCCCACGGGUGCAUCCCUGCUCCCACGGGUGCACGGGCACUGCCUUGGGGUGCCAGGGUCCCCAGCCCCUCACCGUCCCACUGAAAUAGAACUGUGGGGCAGGACCCCCCCACCACCACCACCAUCCCCGUGCCCCCCCAACUCUCUGGGCACAGAACGAGGGGCUGGGAGAUGCUCCUGGCUGGGCUGGGGUGCCCUGAGCCAGCCCCCAACCACGGCACGCACCCCCGGGGUGGGUGCUGCC